AUGCGAACAGAAGAUCCACGGUACCUUCAAUUACUCGAACGACUUCGUCAUGGACAAUGUAAUUACGACGAUUAUGAAUUAUUGUUGACACGAGUUGUUGGACAAUCAUCAGUGGGUUCUCUACACGAUGAACCUUGGAAUAAAGCUCCGAUUCUUGUGUUCCGAAAUGAAGUACAGACACAAUUGAACAACAAGGCAGCAAUUCACAAGGCAGCAGAAAUGAGACAAGCACCAAUUAUAUGUGUGGCUCAAGACACUUGCAAAGGCAAACCAAUUGAAGAUUCAAUACUCGUUAAAAAACUGCUAGAAUUAUCCGAUAGCAAAACAGAGCAUCUACCAGGUUUGCUACCUCUAGUUCCUGAAAUGCCUGUUAUUUUAACACAAAACGUUGCUAUUGAAUUGGGUCUUAUUAACGGAAUGAAUGGUAUCUUUCGGCAACUUGUCUACGAAGAAGAUUCUGUGUCAACAGAAAUUCUUUCCGAGACAUUUCCAAGCAACACACAAUACAUUCGUAAACCUUCAUAUGCAUUAGUUGAAAUUGUCAAAUCGAAGAUUGAAUGUAACCUUGAACAACUUCAAUCAAAUCUUAUUCCGAUACCGUUAAUGGAACAAACAUUUCGAAUUGAUAUAGCCGAUGUUCUACCAAAAUAUAAGAGACCAAAAUCAAAUCGAAAGGCAAUUUUAUCAGUAAAGCGGCGUGCACUACCACUUGUACCUGCGUAUUGUAUUACAACACAUAAAAUUCAAGGUCAAACUUUAAGCAAUGUCGUAAUUGAUCUGAAGCUGCCAAAUGAAACUGAUGACAUUGCUGCAAUAUAUGUACCUCUGUCACGCGUGAAACGCUUGGCUGAUUUGAUUAUUUUGCGACAUUUUGAUUUCACAAUUUUAACAAUGCAUAUGAAGGAUUAA